AUGGCAACCUCCAAACUCUCGUCCCACAUCCGUCGUCUUCGCCCAUCCGCCUUCAACUUCCUCCCCGCUCUCUCUCACGCCCGUCAAUUCCAUUACCUCACAAACCCUAACCAUAACUCUAACCUUCUCUCACCUCACCCCCCAUGGAACUCCUACGCCUUUCCUCAAACUCUCACUUUCUCUCACUCUCGAUUUCUCUCCAGUAGCUCUUCAGAUGACUCGGAUUUCGUUCAACUCGGCGUCUCCGGCGCCGACUCAGCGGCUCAGUCGGAGCUUUUGAAUUUAGGUGGUUGCGCUGGUGAAGAGUAUCUGCUCCCCGUUCGAGCGCUAAUUUCGGUGCUUGAUGGGUUUCAUGAUCUCACUCGUUUGCCAUGGUGGAUGGUUAUUGCGUCCUCUACUUUGGCUAUGAGACUUUCAUUGCUCCCCUUGCUCAUCGUGCAACUGCAAAAAUUGAAAAGAAUUGGAGAGUUACUUCCCAAAUUGCCUCCUCCACUGCCACCACCUUUCUCAGGAAAGAGUUCUCUUGAUCAGAUUUCUCUAUUUCGGAAGGAAAGAAGUGCAAUCGGAUGUCCCUCAUUGUUAUGGUUCCUUGCAUCCUUCUCUGUCCAGGUUCCAUGCUUUCUUCUGUGGUUGAAUAGCAUUCGGAGAAUGUCACUGGGUAAUCAUCCUGGGUUUGAUUGCGGUGGCACUUUGUGGUUCAACAAUUUGACUGAAUUGCCUCAUGGUGUUUAUGGCGCCAUCUUUCCUUUCCUGAUUGCUGGUUUGCACUAUGCAAAUGUUCAGAUUUCUUUUAAGACAUCUGCACUCGUGAAAGGCAAUGACCUAUUGAGCAAUCUAGCAAAAUACUACAAGUUUUAUUUGGAUAUUAUGACAUUGCCUAUUAUUGUAAUUGGCUUCUGUAUUCCUCAGGGAAGCCUAGUGUAUUGGGUUACAAAUAGCUCGUUAAGUGUCAUUCAGCAAUUGGUUCUCAGAGAUCCUGCUGUGCGUGCAAAGUUGGGGUUGCCAGACAAGGAUGCUCCUACAGACACUGCAAUAUCUGAGAAGCCUGGUACUCCUGAAAUAUCACCCUUGGCUUCUCCUACAAGAUGGAAGAAAAUAACUUUACAGAACCUGUCCCCUAAAGAGCUGCUUAAUCUUUCGGUCCAAGUCUUAUCAGAAGGCGAUAAAGAAAAAGCACUUCCUUUGCUGAAACUUGCCCUUGAGAAGGAUCCUGAAUAUGCAAGAGCAUUGAUUGUAAUGGGUCAGACUCUAUUGCAGAAAAGUUUGCACGCAGAGGCUACUGAGUACUUUCAGCGUGCCAUCACCAAGCUCAACAGUGCUGGCCAGCCGACAGAAGUGGAGGACAUUGAUCUUCUAAUUCUUGCAUCUCAGUGGGCCGGUGUUGCCUACAUACGGCAGGGAAAAAGUGUGGAAGGCAUUGUACACCUUGAAAGAGUUGCACAAUUGGAAGAGCCAGAUGAACCAAGCAGCAAAACCCAUUAUUUUGAAGGGUUAUUAUUGCUUUCAAGUGCUUUAUCCAAUGUGGGUCGCAAGGCUGAAGCUUUGAAGUAUCUGCGCUUGGCUGCUGCUUAUAACCCUGAUUACAACGAAUACUUGGAGCAAUAUGAAAAUGAAAACGAGGAUGAGAGUUUUGUCGGUGAUCUCGUUGGCAGUAGGCGAAGGGAUUAUUGA